UUUAUUUGUUUCCUGAUCAGAGUGCCUCCUUUCAUUACUCUAAAAUUUAGUACACUGGAAUUUCGUAAAAUGGGCGUCGUCGACAAAUUUCUUUACUUCUUCGAGCUGAAGUACGGCGUACUCAUAGUUGGGUUCGUGGACAUCAUCCUAAGUAUACUCUGCGGGUGCUACCUGCCAUGGAUAAGGCGUAAGGUGGAUGAAGAUUUUUGGAUCCUUACAAAGGCGCCGUAUACUAUUCAUGGGCAAUCCCUUGCAAAACGUUCGCAGCUGUACGAUUUUUAUGUUGGUGAUGACUUUUACUUCAAUAGGUUCGGCUAUUCAAUGUAUAUAUUCUGCUUGAUUGUCCUCGUUCUUCACAUUGGCGCCUCCAUACUCAUCAUUGUGUCCGUACUCUCGGAGGAGAAAACCAUGGCUGCCCCCUACGUGGCCACUGCCCUGAUGCGCUUCGUUGUGCUGCUCCUCAUCCUGAUUUGGAUAGUGACCAAGUCGUUUGACUGCACAACCACUUUUUGGCUGAUAGGCCUGAGUCUGUUUCCAGCCACCUACUUUUGGCUAACAGUCGUGUCUUGGUACAGCCCGUCCACCUCGUAAUAAACUUAGCAAUCGGAUUUGUGUCAGAAUCAAGUACUCGCAUUAUUCGCAUUAUACUGGAUAUCUUAUUUUGCAUAUUUGUGUGCAUAAAAACUUCGGAUAUGUAUGUUAGAAAAUUGUUGCAGUCUGCUGUUGGUACGUUGUCUAUUCAUGGUACAAAAGGCUUGAACGCUUAGAGGAAGUCCAAAACUGAUACAAGACCCCAAAAGAACGCUAUUUAAAUCUCAAUUAGAAUGAAGUGAAUCUUAAUUGGAAAGGGCUGCUGCUGUGAGCUGAGAAGGGAAACCUUGAUGUAGAUGUGAAUGUGACUGCGGCAGUUGCUUUGGAAAUUAAGAACAGGUAACCCGACUAUAGGAUUCUCUCUUUGCUUUUUUAUUGAUGUUUGCGUGGCGAUGAGCGCUGUGAUAUUAACCUUACUCCUCAUCGUCGGUGGAUUCGGUGUGGCCAUUUACUUGUGGGUCGUUGUCUACUCGUGGUUCAAGAUGAUCGAAAGCUCAACAGGUUGGAACUAAAGUACCUCAUUUGAUCGCAUAAAGCUUGAUAUUAUGUAUAAAUAAAUUCUAAGUAAGCAAUUGAAA